AUGCGCUGGAUAUCUAACUUCCCUCCUCCAAGUAAAACUUUCACUGAACGAACGAUGGCUAGGGACAUCCAGCUUAUUCGAAUCCUUGGAGAGGAAACUUACAAUAAAAUAAGUAACAGUAAGGUUUUACUGGUUGGUGCCGGAGGAAUAGGAUGUGAACUCCUUAAAGAUCUUCUGCUAAUGGGCUAUGGAGAGAUUCAUGUUGCAGAUCUUGACACAAUCGAUCUGAGCAACUUGAACCGCCAGUUUCUGUUUAGACAAAAAGAUAUAAAGAAGAGCAAAGCAAACACAGCUGUAGCAGCUGUGGCUUUGUUCAAAGGAAACACUCGGUUAGAGCCUCACCAUGGAAAUAUUAUGGACGUUUCUCAAUUUCCCUUGAGCUGGUUCCGCCAAUUUGACAUAAUUUUCAACGCUUUGGAUAACCUUGAAGCAAGGGUGUACGUGAACAGGAUGGCAUUGUUUAUAAAUAAGCCGCUCAUUGAAAGUGGUACUACUGGGCUGAAAGAUUCUGCUGAAGAGUUCAUUGAUUCAGUAGUAGAGAAAAUAUUUGUGGAAGACAUUGUUCGAUUAGCAAAGAUUGACACUUUGUGGAAGACCAGACAGAAGCCAAUACCAUUAAAUUAUGAGCUAUAUUCGAAAAAACUCAAAGAAUUGCCUACUAGCAUCAUUUCAGAUGAUCAAAAGAUAUGGACAACUGAAGAAAACUUGUUUGUACUAAUAGACUCUCUGAAAAGAUUGCAAGCUCGUUAUAAGUCUGAAGGGGUAUUGGAUUUCGAUAAAGAUGAUAAAGACACCCUGGAUUUUGUCGUCGCAGCUGCGAAUUUACGAUCAUUCAUAUUUGGAAUUGAAACAAAAUCCGAAUUUGAGAUUAAACAAAUUGCUGGUAACAUUAUUCCAGCAGUGGCAACUACUAAUGCAAUUUUUGCCGGUUUCAGUUCCCUACAGUCACUCAAUGUUUUCUCUGAUGAUCCUGUUGGAAACUCCAGACUGAUUUAUGAUUCAGAGUACAUCAACAAGUUUGUUACACAAUGUCCACCAUUGCCAGGCAAUUCAAAUUGCAAAGCUUGUGGGAUCCAGAGGGGUAUCAUAACGGUUCCCAGUUUGGAUAUACAACUGGGUGAGAUUCACAAACAACUUCUGAAGAAGUUUGGCUAUUCAGAUGAUGUUUCUAUUGUGGUGGGAAACAAUAGGCUAAUUUAUGACUACGAUUUUGAGGACAACCUCAUUUCUUCAUUGAAGGACCUUACAAUUGGAAGUGGUAGUAUAUUCUUCGUUAGUGAUUCCGAUGAUGAUCUGCAAGACAUUGAACUAUACCUGGAAGUUGCACCUCAAGAAACAGAUAUAACUCUUACGGAUAUCACAAUUAAGAAGAAGCCUUUGAAGAAAAAAGAAUCAAAAGAAGAAGUCACUAUCCAAGACGAUCAAAUGGAGGAGAUAUUUGAUGAGGAUGAAAUUCUGCUAAUAGAUGAACCCGCAGAAAAGCGACCUCUGGAAAUAGAGCAGGAAGAAACAUAUUCGAAAAGAAAGAAGAGUACUAUAUAG